UCCUUCGGAAAGGUGUGGGCCGAGCGGGAAAGCCCGAGAGAGAGAGAGAGAGAGAGAGCGCGCAGCAGGAAGACUGCCCAUCGCCUGAGAUGAGAGGCGCAGGAAGACGACGUCAGAAAGACUCAUUCACAGCGCACCAUGCUUCACAACCGCCUCCACCUCCUCUCUUCACCGGCGCCGCCACCACGACUACCGCCCGCGACUCCGAUGCCAGUUUCUGCAGCAGCCGCCCCUCCUCCGUCGGCCUCGGCCGUUCUUCCAUCCCCAUCUCCGAUCGGGGUUACCAACUGUCUGCCAUCCGCACCAUCAACGCAUACCUCUCCUCCAACUCCCAAUCUUUAUCCCUCAAACCCCCACUACCCUCUGCCAAAGACAUCACCGAAACCCUCCGCUUCGUCCUCAGUCGCCUCGAUUACUCCUCCGUCAAGCUCGACGAAGACCUCCCCAUCAUCCUCAAACAUCUUUGUUGCCCAAUUAAGCUCAACAAGUCCGCUCUUCGCGCUCCAGGCACGCCUCACUCUUGGCCUUCCUUGCUCGCUGUCAUCCACUGGUUGGUUCAAAUCGUAAUGUACAAUGAUCACCUGCUGAAUUCGUCCGCUGCCUCCGUGUUCUUUCAGGAUAACACUAUGUUCAUCUACGCGCUUGAUAGUUACUUACAUUAUAUUAGGGGAGAUGAUGAUUCAGUUGACACGCUCGAUAGGGAAUUUUUGGGGAAAUUGGAGCAGGAGAGGGAUGGCGUGGUGGAGAAUGUGAAAGAUUUGGAGAAGGACAUAGCGGAGCUUGAGUCAAAGGUGGAUGGGUUGAAAUCUGGUCCAAGUGCGAUCGAGGUGAUGGAGAAGGAGAGGGUGGUGUUGGAGGAGGACGUGAAGAAGUUCCAUGCGGUCAUAGACCAGUUCUCGUCAAAGAUUGCAGCAUUGGACAAGGUUUUUCAGGAAAAAGAGAGGGAGCUGGGAGCAAAGGAGGAAGAGAGGAAGAGGAUUUGUGGGGAGAAUGAAGAGUUGAAGAAGAGGGUGGAGGAGCAAACGGUGAACACAAGGGACGCGGAAAGGAUGAAAAGGGAGUUGCAGGCUGUGGAGAGGGAUAUUGGGGAUGCUGAUGGUGCCAGGAACACAUGGGAGGAGAAGUCUUGGGAUCAUGACACGACGCUCGGCCACAAGUUUAAGGAGCUUGAGACACUUUCAAUUGAAUGCAACCAGGCUAUCAGGAGGUUAAAGCUUGGAAAUAUCCAGUAUUCGCUAAGUGCAAAAGGGUCGACACCUGCUGAAAUUUUGGGAUUUGAUUAUAAAUCAACACUUACUCCUGCUCUUGAAUCCUUUAUUGAUGACAUAAAGAGGAGCACUAUGGCAAAGUUGGAGGAGAUGAUUUCUCUUCGGCAACAGUUGGUUGAAAAUGGUGCCAAGAUUGAGGCAAAGAGGAAUCGUAUUGCAGUGGUUCAGUCCUAUAUUGGUGAGGUGGAAGCUCAGUUGAACUUGUUGAAGAAAGAGAUAGAGGAUAACACAUCCAGAUGUGGAAUGGAAGCUAGAAAGGUAAAAGAUAAUAUUGAGGCAGAGGCCUAUAACUUGGAUGUUGUUGAAAGAGAAGCGGCAGAGAUUUUGAAGGUAUGGCUUGUUUAUAUGCCUUUUUUGAACUGUCAACUUAAGAGUGCUGAUGAUAUUAAGGAGGAUUUUGAUAAUCCAAGGCCAAAUAGACUUUCCAGGGUUGUAUUAUGUUUUUGUGAAGAUAAUAGCGCCAUGAGAAGUGAUUUCCUCCCUUGGAUAAUUUUAAAUUCCUGGCACUAUAUAAUUACAGUAGAUUGUCAUAACCUUGUUAUCUUUUGGCAGACCUCCAAAUUGAGGCUGGAGGAAACUAUUAAACAGAGUGAAGAAGAGAUUCAGAAUUGUGCAUAUGAGCUCUUUGCUUUGGUUGAUUCAGUCUCAAAAUACAAAGAAUACAUGGCAACAAAAAUUUCGGGGAUGAAUUGCGAUCUAUCAGAAACUGCUGGUGCUAUACCAGAUGCUUAUAGAGGCUCCUUGCCUGUACAGUUUGGCAUUGAUUUCAGUGCGAUCCAUUGACAAGCAGAACAUUUCAACAUGCUGGCAAAAUCAUAACGUGCUUGAGCUUUGUUGAAGCAAGGAGCUUGGAGCUUGCCUUUUUAAUUAUAGUUGAACUAUAGUUGAUAGAAGCUGCACCGGAAUUUCACUCAGAUGUAUAAUUUCUCUUUCUAUUUUCUGGGUGUGCAUAUAAAAUUAGCUGUGACAUUUAUCAUUGUAAUUUUGAUGGAAGCCGCUCUAUAAUUUCAAUUAUAUCUUAAUGAAUUGUUUUUGCUUGGUUUGAUA